AUGGCUGCAGCUGUGAAAGAUAUUAAUUUAUUGCCAUUUGAAAAUCAUUAUCGAUUAAGAAAAGUCUCAGAAAUAGAUUGCAAAGCAUGUUUUAUAUGUUAUAAACCAACGACUUCAGUUCUAGUUACUUUGAAUAAUACUGAUUUUUUUUAUAUAUGUUUUAGUCAUUUAUCAGAUCCAAGCUUCAGUGAUCCGAUCUAUGAUGAUGAGUAUAGAGAUAAGAUGAAGGAAUUGAAUGAGAAGUCAGAUAAAGUUAAAUUAUUAAAUUUUAGAAUAAAAGAGAAAAACAGAUAUGGUUCAUGGGAUAAAAUAAUGGGGUUUAAUUAUUUAACUAAAAAAGAUGACAAAAAUAAAAAAGACGAUAAAAAUAAAAAAGACAAUAAGGAUAAAGAUAAAGAUAAGGAUAAAGAUAAAGACGAUAAAGAUAAAAAAGAAGACAAGACUGAUCAUAGAAAGAAAACAUUGGAAGAUUUGGAAAAAGAAUUAAAUUUAUUACAAAAAGAUAUCAUUAAUACUGAGGAAAUUAUACAAGAAAAGCAAAAAAAAAAUAGUUUUUUUAAAUUAAAUAAAGAUUUUUAUAAAAUUCGACUUAAUAAUUAUUUCAAAAAACAAAAUGAAAAGAAAAAUCAACAAUUAUAUUUAAAAAACUUAAAUAAAUUACCAAAAUUACCAGAUCAUUUGUCAAAUGAUCUUUAG